CAUCACAGCCAGCAAGACAGCCCCCCUCCUCCUGGCUCAUUAGGAGAUUUGAUUCGGCUUGGCUCCUGCUGUCAGCAGCUGUCUGGGGCAAGAUCUUUAUGCUCCCUGCUCCCCAAGCAGCGACCAGCCUUCAGCCAGCAGUACAACUCAUUAGAAGAAAGCCCCCUGGACACUUGAUUUUCAGCUCAUUGGUGGCCAGAAAGAGUUAACACGAACGGCUCCGCUGCCCCCUGCACAGCCUCUGGCUUGUGGGGACUUCUCCCUGAGCUGCAGCCAAAGGACCAGGGAAGCAGCUUAGUGAAGCUGAGGAGGAAGAGCUCCUUAACUCGCAGCCUCUCUGACCGUCCCGUUGGCCAAGACCCGCAGACCAUGAGGACUGGUCAAAGACAGUGAGAGGACGUGAGAGGGUAAAUCCCUGUGCCCCGCAGGCUUAUCUCUCGCCCUGACGUCCCUGCACACCUGCCAGAGGGUUAACCGUAAGCGGGUGCCUGUAUGGCCGCCUUACUGAUGCCACGCAGGAACAAAGGGAUGAGAACUCGACUGGGAUGCCUGUCUCACAAGUCAGACUCGUGUAGUGAUUUCACAGCGAUCCUUCCCGACAAACCCAACCGUGCUCUGAAGAGACUAUCCACAGAAGAAGCUACGAGGUGGGCAGAUUCCUUUGACGUGCUUCUCUCCCACAAGUGUGGGGUGGCUGCAUUCCGCGCCUUCCUGAAGACGGAGUUCAGCGAGGAGAACCUGGAGUUCUGGUUGGCCUGCGAGGAGUACAAGAAGACCAGGUCAACUGCAAAACUGGUCUCCAAGGCCCAUAGGAUCUUUGAGGAGUUUGUGGAUGUGCAGGCUCCGAGGGAGGUAAACAUAGACUUCCAGACCAGAGAAGCCACGAGGAAGAACAUGGAAGAGCCGUCCCUGACUUGCUUUGACCAAGCCCAAGGGAAAGUACACAGCCUCAUGGAGAAAGACUCUUACCCCAGGUUCCUGAGGUCCAAAAUGUACUUAGAUUUGCUGUCCCAAAGCCAGAGGAGGCUCAGUUAGACCUCAGAUGGGGACUCUGGGAGAUCAUCAGCUUUCCCCUUCCCUUGCUGCCAAGACCAUCUUCUAAUGUGAAAUGUCAUAGGUAUUCAAAAGCAGUGGCGUUUAGGUUGGGAGGCUGGGGGUGAGGAGGGGAUAAAGGGCCAUUCCAAAGCGUGAUCCAGCCACCAGAGCUGGGACUCUAUUCCACGUAUCCACGCCUGUGUUUCAGUCAGCGGGAGCACGUUGCUGUGGUCACCCUUCCGUGGAUUAGCAACUUGCCCUCCAGAACGCCUUCCUUGGGUCAUCUCCACUGAGAAGGCAGAUUUACUAGGUCGGGCUAAUCUGUAAAUAAUGCAAAUGCAAUUUCCACCCCUUCCACACCCUCCUCGGUUAGGAUUGCUGACUCCCUAGCAUCCUGUAUCCCUGUGAGGAAUAGUUAGAAGACUCUGGCUCACAUUUGUGAUUUGCUAUCACGGUGUAAUGGCCAGUUCUGGGUGCUGGGAACUCACAGUUUAGGAGAGAGGUCUCUGUGAAAUCCCGGAUUUCUAGCACUGUCAUUGACAGAUGGUUUCUGGGAGAAAGUGCAAACUCCAUGGAGUUGGCUGUUUUAUCCAUUUCCACAGGACCAGUGUGAAAAGCUGUGCUCACUGCCCAUCUUAGUCUAAGAAAUUCACAAGACUCCCCUAACUUUGCAAGACCCUUUCAGAAAGGGUCUUGGAAGAUGUCCUUCACGACUUCUGAUGUGGAACUACUAUUAAGGAAGAGACAGCUGGCAAAUCUUCCUCAAUUCUACCAAGAAGUUUUUCAGAAAACGAAUCAUCAGGAAAUGUAGCACCAGUAGACUUUUGUGCAAUGGGGCACCAUAUAACUUUUCUGCUGCUUAAUGUAGUCUCUG